UUGAGGUAGAAGAUUAGUUCAUAACGCUUGUCUACUGUGGACGGACUAAAUUUCGGGAGACAUGUCAACCGCUUUGAAUAACGUCAACAGUCUGCGGACAGAGGGGAUCCUUACCAUAUGGCUCAUUUUGCCUGCAAUAGCCACAUUUUAUUACUGGAAAUGGAGUCGAUCGAGAACCGUAAAACUCAUCAACGCCAUACCCGGACGAAAGCCGUUGCCGUUGGUAGGCAAUCUUCUACAUUUGGAUCCCUAUAACGAACAAAUCCAUAAAAUUAUAGCAAUAGAUUGGGUGAAAGAGUACGGACCGAUCUUCCGCGUAUGGCUCGGACCACGACCUUUUGUGAUUCUAGCUUCCCCCGAACUAGCACAGACAAUAUUAUCCACUUCUAAACACAACACAAAGUCAAGCGAUUAUUCUAAAUUGAUUGACUGGCUCGGCAAUUGCAUGUUUUUAUCAACAGAUGAUCACUGGAAAAAACGACGCCGAAUAGUCACACCAGGUUUCCAUUUCCAGAAUAACAACAGUUUUAUCGACAUCUUCAACGAGAAGAGUUCGAUGUGCGCGGCUGAAUUUGAACGAAUCAUCAAGAAGCAAGGCGAUACCGUGAUUGACGUCAGUCAUCUCAUGUCCAAAUGCGCAAUCAAUAUAAUAUGCGACACUGCGAUGGGACAAACGAAGUGCGAGAUGGAGAACGAGAUUUAUCUCAACAACGUCCACAGAUUUUGUCAGAUUUUCGUUGAGCGCUUCGCACGACCGUGGCUUUCAAAUGACUGGAUUUACAAGAUGACUGCAAGAGGCCGUGAAUGGCAACGGUGUGUCAAUGCCUUGCACACUUUCACUAAAGAGAUUAUACGAACCCGUCGUGAAAUGCUCGUACGGCGUUCCAAUUCAGAUCAGGUACAAAAACAAGGAAUUGAAGAAGGGAAGCCCCAAUCAAAAAGCAGCUUUGCCGUAUUGGACAGGCUGAUACAGGCGUCUGAUGAGGGCGCUGACAUCGAUGAUAACGGAAUCAGAGAAGAAAUCGAUUUAAUCACGUUCGCUGGAUACGACACAACUUCUGCAGCCAUGGUCUGGUUUCUUUACCUCAUUGCGAAACAUCCAGAGCAUCAGCAACUGAUAGUGGACGAAUUAGAUUCGGUAUUUGGCGACGAUUACGACCGUCCUUGUACCACCCAGGAUAUUACUGAACUUAAAUAUUUGGAAUGUUGCAUCAAAGAAACUCUGAGAAUGUACCCGAGUGUGCCGGUGCCGAGGCGUCUAACGAAAGACGUCGAAAUAGGUGGAUAUACGAUACCAGCUGGUGUUUCAGUUGUUCCAUCAUAUUUUGGGAUUCAUCACAAUCCUUCCGUCUAUCCGGAUCCCGAAUCAUUUAAGCCUGAACGAUUUUUCCCUGAAAACAGCGUUGGCCGUCAUCCGUAUGCCUUUCUUCCCUUCAGCGCUGGUCCACAGAAUUGCAUAGGUCAAAAAUAUGCAAUGCUGGAAUUGAAAGUUGUUUUCGCCAUUCUUUUACGUCGAGUACGAUUUUCCGUUUAUGAUCCAGCUAUGUCAGACGGAUCCGACGGAGGAAUAGUAUUAAAACCAAAAGACGGUGUUCGCCUCUUAAUUUGUAAACGGUCAAAUAAAGCAUAAUGCAAAACAAAAAUUCGAUUGUGCAGUCGCUAAUGGAAAGCCGGGAAAGGAACGUUCAUGUCAAAUGAGCAAAAGCAAAUAAAGGUGGUUUCACUUCCCGA